AUGAAACUAAAAAGUUGACGUUAAGACUAAACCCUCAGUGUGACAUACUCGAAAAAUGAAGAUUGUGAUAACCAGUUUGAUAGUUCUUCACUUAAUUGCAGGUGAGGUUAAGGCCACACAGGAUUACAGCAUCAUAGUGAUGGAAGGGUCCAACAUCACCCUGAACACAAGCGUGACUAAUCCAUACAAAAAAUCGAUCUCAUGGCUGUAUGACGCAACAUUUAUUGCCACAAUCAGAAAUGGCACGCCUUAUCUGGCUGAAAAAAACAGGUUUCAUGGGAGAAUAACACCACACAAACAUGAUGGGUCCAUCACCAUUGUGAAUAUGAAGACCAAUGACUCUGGGGUCUUCUCUCUCCAUAUCUUACCUCAUGGCUCUAACAGAUAUUACAACAUAACAGUCCAUGGUAAGAACUCACAUGACGACUUUGAAAAGAGGAGGGUAAAGGUGGGUGAGGCCACCACUCUGGACACUUACUUGGAUACUGACCUGUGUAAUGAGACACAGUGUCAGGAUUAUGAUCUUCAGUGGACGUACAGUCGCGAUCCCGUUAAACAAAAGUUUACUAGGAUUGCACACUGGCAAAACAACAUCAGCAAAACGGACUACAACAAUCGCUUCAAAGAUACACUGCAGAUGGACCUGCGCAAUGGCUCUCUGACUUUAAGAAACAUCACAACUAAUCACAGUGGAUAUUACCAUCUGGAGAAGUUAAAGGCCAGGCAGCCAGAAAACAACAGUCUCUAUGAAGUCAUUGUUUAUGAUGAAGUGUCUCGGCCAUCCAUCCACUCCUUCCUGAGUCUGUCUGCUGACACAGACACCUGUUCUGUGGAGUGUUCUGUGGAGAACGGGAGAGAUGUGACCCUGUCCUGGUACAGAGGAGAGGAGAGACUCAACCAGACCAGAAGUCCUGAUCUCUCCAGGGUCCUGUCUCUCCCUCUGGAGAUAAAGAACCAGGAUGGAGACUCCUACAGCUGUGUGGCUGAAAACCCUGUCAGCAACAAGACGGCCAACCUCAACAAGACAGAGCUGUGUCCAGAAUAA